AUGGGCAACAACGACAGCAAGCUGAGCACCUACCGGGCGGCCAUCAACGAGCUGACCGGCCGACAGGGCCCGGCGCCGGCCGACGACGAGGCCUUCUGGUCGCAGUUCUGGCACGACAACCACAUCGAGGCGGUAGGCGACGUCUUCACGGUGCUGACGGCGGCGGAGAUCAGGGCACUGCGCGACCACCACCCCGAGAACCUGGCCACCCUCUGCUACAAGGCCGUGGAGCAGCUGGUAAGGGUGACGGACACGCUCUGCAACACCGUCCAACAGCAGAAGACAGUGUUGAGUUGCGUGGCACUGCUCACCCGCCUCCUGCCGUACGUCUUCGAGGAAGCGGAUUGGCGGGCGUCAUUCUUCUGGUCGACGCUGCCCCACGCUUCCCAUCAGAUGGACCUGCUGGCAAACAUGCCCCUCGCACAGUCCCUCCUGCUCGCCCUCGCCGACCUCCUCUUCUGUCCGGACUUUACCGUCGCUCCGCUGGACAGCACCGGCAGCGGCAGUGGUAAAGAUUCGAAAAGCGGCAGCAGCUCCCGCUUCGGCGUCCCCGACUCGCCCCCGGACGACCUGCAGUCGAUCGACAGCUGCGAGUACAUCUGGGAGGCGGGCGUCGGCUGCUCCAUGUCCAGCCCCAGCAGUGCCCAGUACGACCAUAACCGGACGGCGCUGCUCCGCCUCCUGCUCACCUGCUUCAGCGAGAGCAUGUACUGCAGCACGGCGGAGGUCGGUCGGACGCCCAACGCCUGGAUCGACUUUUUCAGCAGUGCGGAGAACCGGCACGCCCUGCCGCUCUUCACCUCACUCCUCAACACCGUCUUUGCGUACAAUCCCAACGGCGGUUUGCUGCCCUUCAACCACCUCCUCUUCAGCGACUCUAAGGAGCCGCUGGUGGAGGUGGCCCUCCAGCUGCUCAUCGUCACCACCACAAUGAACACCUCAUCGCCUCCGCUGUCCAUCUGCAGCGAGCAGUCUCCGCUGCACCUGAACCUCUUCAUCAACUACCUCAGUCGGAUCCACCGCGAGGACGACUUUGAGUUUCUGCUGCGCGGCUUCACCCGCCUGCUGAACAAUCCGCUGGCGCAGAGCUACCUGCCGAACAGCAACAAGCGCAUCGCCUUCCACCAGGAGCUGCUGCUGCUGGUCCUCUUCUGGAAGCUCUGCGACUACAACAAAAAGUUCAUGCACUACGUACUGAAGACGUGCGAUGUCCUGCAGAUCCUGGUGCCCAUUCUCUACCACCUGAAUGACGCCCGGGCGGACCGCUCCCGAGUGGGACUCGUCCACAUCGGCGUCUUCAUUCUGCUGCUGCUCAGCGGGGAGCGCAACUUUGGCGUCCGCCUGAACCGGCCGUACCUGGCCACGGCGCCCAUGGACCUGCCGAUCUUCUCGGGGACGCACGCCGACCUGCUGGUGGUGGUCUUCCACAAGCUGAUCACCACCGGCCAUACGCGCCUGCAGCCACUCUUCGACUGCCUCCUCACCAUCCUCGUCAACGUCAGCCCCUACCUGAAGACGCUGUCCAUGGUGGCGGCCGCCAAAGUGCUCCACCUGCUGGAGGCCUUCAGCACGCCCUGGUUCCUCUUCAGCAACCCCAGCAACCACCACCUGGUCUUCUUCCUCCUGGAGAUCUUCAACAACAUCAUCCAGUACCAGUUUGACGGCAAU